AUGGAAAAUGGACUCAAAAACGAGCUGAAACGAAUGCAACGAGCUAAUAACACUCAAAAACGAAUGUUGGAAAUUGCUGCUGUCUGCUGCCGCCGGAAUAAAGUGGCAGCGCCGCCACUAUAUACUGCCGGCCCCGACAAUCACACCGGCGCCAUGUUCUUUGUCAUCCGACGAGGCAAGCAGCAACCGAACACGGAGCUUGGGAAGCUUGACGGUUUUGAAUACCGUGGUGUUUUUGGAAUAGUGGUUUUUCUAGAUGCAGUAGAUAGCUGUCGAUCGCCAAAUAUUGUUGAGGGAGCACAUAAUGUACUUCCAGAAGCUCAAGAUGAGUCUUCUGUUCAUGGAGGAGGUGGAGGCCAAGAGGCCCAUGCUCAGGCACCGGGAGUGCAAGCACAAGCUCAACAACUUAACGUCCUAGGCUUUGACCUAAAUCAGUUUCUUACGAGAGUUGCGGCUAUGCAAGCUAAUCAAGAUGAGGUGAAGAAUAUGCAUCGCGAACAAAUACAGCAGCAACAUCAACGUAAUGUUGCUUAUACUGAUCGAGAUAUUGUUUUGGCUUAUAUGCGCCUUAAGCCAACUAAGUUUGAUGGCUCUGAAGAUGCUCUGGACUUCCUGGAGGAGUAUUUUCUACCGUUUGCAGUAAGAGAGAGUUAUCGCAGUCAGUGGCUAACUUUGAGUAGAGGCAAUCGAUCUGUGCAAGAGUAUGUGACUGAGUUUACAAGAUUGAGUAGGUUCACGCCCGAUUUAACAGCAGAUCCGGUAAGGGUGAAUUCAAGAUUCGUAGAGGAUUUAGGACCCGAAUUUGUGAGUCUAACAUCUGAUAUAGGAAAGGCUUUUGUACAACUGAUUGAUAGCGCUAGGCAGAUGGAAGUUUCUCUGAUCCGAGCACACCCACUCAGUCAUACGUUGGAAGUUACUCAAGACCGACGCAACGUCAGGGAAAACAAAAAAGGGCUCGACAUGGAUCUCGAAACUAGUGUAUCCGGCACAGGGUUUGGUGCCAGGUCUAUGAGUGGUAUGGGAGGUCGAGCUCCUAUCUGUCCGACUUGUAAUAGGAGGUACUAUGGGAUGUGCCAUGGCGUUUAUGGAGCGUGCUUUAAUUGUGGCCAACAGGGUCACUUUGCUAGGGAUUGCCCACGACAGAUGCCUCAAGGUUCCAUGACUACAGUAAUGCAACCUUCUUAUCAACAGCAAAGAAUGGCACAUCAGGCCGCGUCACGAUAUGAUCAUACGGGAAGCAAAUUCACUGGCCAGAGAGGCCGUGGUUAUGGGAAUCGAGGAGGAAAGAAUGGUGGAGGUCGUGGUACUGGUCAAACUUCACAGGCUGGUGGAAUUCAGGCCAGAGUUUUUGCAUUAAAUCCUCAGGAAGCUCAGGCUUCCAAUGCUGUUGUGCAAGGUACAUUUCCUAUCAUUUCUCCAGACGCAUUAGUUUUAUUUGAUCCGGGUGCUACGCAUUCAUUUAUUUCACCUAGCUUUGCUAGUAAGUUAGGGGUGCAACCAGCAUACCUUAAGAACCCCGUAUCAGUAGCCACCCUAGUAGGUGAAAGUGUGGAAGUUAGUAUCGUUUAUCGAUCUUGUCACUUGAGUGUUCAAGGACGAGAUUUGCUUGUAGACUUUAUGUUACUUGAAGUAUUAGUUUUUAACGUCAUUCUAGGAAUGAAUUGGUUGGCUCAGCACUAUGCCAAUGUGGCUUGUCGGAAGAAGACAGUAAUGUUUAACACGCCUGGAAUUGAAGUUGUUUCAAUCCAGGGUGAUAAGACAAAACCUUCUGUGAUUAUCAUUUUAGCUAUUAAAGCUUGUCGUAUGUUGAAGAAAGGAUAUCAAGGAUUCCUAGCCAUAGUACGAGACGUGGAAAAGAAACCCGUAGAAUUAACCGAGGUACCAGUCGUAUCGGAAUAUCCAAACGUCCUCUCCGAGGAACUACCUGGAUUACCCUCAGAUCGCGAGAUUGAGUUCAGUAUCGAGUUGGCCCCUGUUACGAAGCCGAUAUCGAUGCCUCCUUAUCGUAUGGCACAUAAAAAACUCAAGGAAUUAAAAGAUCAACUAGAAGAAUUGCUCGAUUGUGGCUUUAUCAGACCGAGUGUAUCCCCAUGGGGUGCACCAGUGCUGUUCGUCAGAAAGAAAGAUGGAUCGCUUCGACUUUGCAUCGAUUAUCGACAACUGAACAAGGUGACUAUUAAAAGCAAGUAUCUGUUCCCUAGAAUCGACGACCUGUUCGAUCAGUUACAAGGAGCGAAGUACUUCUUCAAGAUUGACUUAAGGUCGGGCUAUCAUCAGCUGAAGAUUCGCGAUGAUGAUAUUGAGAAGACUGCUUUUCAAACUCGAUAUGGUCACUAUGAGUUUUUCGUUAUGUCAUUCGGAUUAACGAAUGCACCAACAGCUUUCAUGGACAUAAUGAAUAGAAUAUUUAAACCAUUCUUGGAUCAAUUCGUGAUCGUGUUCAUCGAUGAUAUUUUAAUCUAUUCACGUACGGAAGAAGAGCAUGCCCAGCAUCUGCAGAUAGUACUUCAAACGUUAAGGGAACAUCAGCUUCACGCCAAGUUCUCUAAAUGUGAAUUUCGGCUAACGGAUGUAGCUUUCUUGGGUCAUGUGGUAUCUCAAAGUGGUAUAAAGUUUGACCCAAAUAAGAUCGAAGCUGUGAUAGAAUGGAAACGAUCUGAUUCUGUUACCAAAGUUUGA